UUAUUUCUGCUUUACAAACGUAGGAAUUUUUAUAACCAACUAUGAGUGGAAGAGGCAAAACCGGCGGCAAGGCGAGAGCGAAGGCCAAGAGUCGCUCCUCCAGAGCAGGGCUGCAGUUCCCCGUCGGUCGUGUUCACAGGCUUCUCCGCAAAGGUAACUACGCUCAGCGCGUCGGUGCCGGAGCUCCCGUCUAUCUGGCGGCUGUGCUCGAGUACCUGACCGCUGAGAUCCUGGAGCUGGCUGGAAACGCCGCCAGAGACAACAAGAAGACCCGCAUCAUCCCCCGUCACCUGCAGCUGGCGGUGCGCAAUGAUGAGGAGCUGAACAAACUCCUGGGCCGAGUGACCAUCGCUCAGGGCGGCGUGCUGCCCAACAUCCAGGCCGUGCUGCUGCCCAAGAAGAGCGAGAAGCCCGCCAAAGCCAAGUAGACGCGUUCUAGUCUGUUUCUGGAACACAAAGGCUCUUUUAAGAGCCACC